CGCGAGCACGUGGGAACGGCCUUCGCCUCUCGUCCCCUCUCUUCCUCUGCUGCGCUCGCUUCAGGUCACCGCUUGCCUCUUCUCCUUCCCAUUCCUUUCUCCUCCUGCUUCUGAACCCUGAUCCUAACAUUGAGUCGCGAUCCCGCCCCCCUUUCCCUUCGUUUGCUACAUCAAGGAAGAUAAUCUUGUUCUCCUCCCCUUCGAUCUUGCUGAAGAUGUUCUGAUGGGUUCCAUAGGUCUCGGAUUCCGAUGCCGCGGCGCCAUCCUGGCCGCCUUUGCCGCCCCUAGAACAUCGUGGAGUUAUGGUAUAUGACGCUUUGAUGGAACUUCCUAUUGCGAAUUAAAGAGGGUUCUUGUUGCGGCAUAGGAGGAUUUCUCUGGACUGCCAAAUGAUGUCGAGGUUUUUGUCUUUUCAUAAAAUCAGGAAAAUUGGGUAUUCUUUUCUAGCAAAUUACAGAACCAGCUUUUCCACUACAGAACCUAGAUUAUCUUCAACAAAUGGAUUCCCUUUUUCAUACAGAAUGUUAUCUUGUUACAAAGUUUUUUGCAGACAAAAUAACUUAUCUAUGCUCUACAAAUCUGAGGAGAACUUAUACAAGAAUAACCCCUUGCGGAAGUUCUCUGUUCUUUCAGCUAGAAGUUCAAUGACACAUCAUGCUCAAGUUGCCUGGCAAAGGCUUUGUGUAAUGUACUCUUAUAGAGGAAUUGCUUCUUCACCUGUCAGUAAGAUUGCUUGUGCUACAAGCUUGGCUGUCACUAGAUCCCAUUUAGUUCCUAGUUUUCUUGCAUUUGUUGCAGGAGAGAUUGCAUUGUCUAAAAUGGCUUGGGCAGAUGGGGAAUAUUUUCGAACACGAGAUGAUUUUUAUACGCGUGCACAAGAUAGCCAUAUUUUUCUCACUUCAUUUAUUCUUUCGCUGUUGGAGUGUUUUAUAUUAUUCCUAAGAGCAUUCUAUUUGGCUAUUCUGUUCUCCCCUAUAAUAGUAAUGGCUCCACUUGCAGAUGAUUGUGGUCCUAAGUUCAGGAAAGUGUGGAUUCAUCUUGUUCAUUCUACUCUGGAAAAGGCAGGUCCAGCAUUAAUAAAAUGGGGUCAAUGGGCUGCUACACGUCCAGACCUCUUCCCUAGUGACCUUUGCACUGAAUUGGCGAAGCUUCAUACUAAAGCACCUGCUCAUAGCUUUGCCUACACAAGGAAAUCUAUAGAGAAAGCAUUUGGCCGCAAACUUUCUGAUGUUUUUGAGAAUUUUGAAGAGGAGCCUGUGGCGUCUGGAAGUGUAGCUCAAGUACAUCGGGCUUCUUUGAGAUUUCGAUAUCCUGGUCAACAGGCAAAGCGCCUGGUUGUUGCUGUAAAGGUUAGACAUCCUGGUGUUGGUGAGUCCAUUAGGAGGGAUUUCAUGAUAAUUAAUAUAGUGGCCAAGAUCUCCAAGUUCAUGCCUACCUUGAAGUGGUUGCGCCUUGACGAAAGCGUGCAGCAGUUUGCUGUUUUCAUGAUGUCUCAAGUAGAUCUUGCAAGGGAAGCUGCCCAUCUAAGCCGCUUCAUUUAUAAUUUUCGCAGGUGGAAGGAUGUAUCUUUUCCAAAACCUCUCUACCCACUUGUCCAUCCUGCAGUUUUAGUGGAGACUUACGAGUAUGGGCAAAGCGUUUCUCACUAUGUUGAUGAGCUUGAUGGGCAUGACCGAGUCAAAAGUGCUCUUGCUCACAUUGGGACUCAUGCACUCUUGAAGAUGCUCUUGGUGGACAAUUUCAUCCAUGCAGAUAUGCAUCCUGGAAAUAUUCUUGUCCGAGUUCAAACCAAGCACUCAAAUAAAGGGCUUUUUAAAUCAAGGCCUCAUGUCAUCUUUCUUGAUGUAGGCAUGACUGCAGAGCUUUCCGGCAGUGACCGUGUAAAUCUGCUUGACUUCUUUAAGGCUGUUGCUCUUCGAGAUGGCCGGACUGCUGCUGAGUGCACCUUAAGGUUAUCGAAAAAUCAAAACUGCCCAAAUCCAAAGGCUUUCAUUGAGGAGGUAGUGAGGUCAUUCAGUUUUUGGGGCUCAGCUGAAGGGGAUUCUGUCCAUCCAGCUGAAUGCAUGCAUCAAUUGCUAGAGCAAGUUCGCCGCCAUAAAGUCAAUAUUGACGGUAAUGUUUGCACUGUGAUGGUGACAACUUUGGUUCUAGAGGGUUGGCAGCGCAAACUGGAUCCAGAUUAUAACGUAAUGCGGACACUACAAACAUUAUUAUUCAAAACUGACUGGGCACAGUCUCUCUCAUACACAAUCGAAGGACUCAUGGCCCCUUAGAACCAAAAGCUUCCCUUGAGUUCCAUUUCCUCUCGGAGAAAAUUUUGAUGGUAUAAUGGUUGGUGGUGAAAAAAUGACGACGAUCGAUCAUUGUUAGUAUCGUCUCUCCAAUUUUGUUUUCCCCCCCCUUCUAAAUGUUGUCUCGCUGAUUAAUCGUUUUGUUGUGCUCAAAUCUUAUAAAGGUGUGCGCUGACUAAAUGACAGGUUAAAUGCGAAUAAAUAGUUUUUUUUUUUCA